AUGCACGAAGUUGUUACCUUGCAGUUAGGCCAACGCGCCAACUAUCUGGCGACACAUUUCUGGAAUCUUCAGGAGUCAUAUUUCACAUACAAUGAGACUGAAGAGUCUCCAAUUGAUCAUGAUGUUCACUUUCGUCCCGGUGUUGGUGCUGAUGGGUCAGAGACCUACACCCCAAGAACCGUCAUCUAUGACCUGAAAGGUGGAUUUGGCACCCUGCGGAAGUAUAAUGCGCUCUACGAGAUGUCUGAGGGUAUUCAGAGCGGACAAGGUCUCUGGGACGGGCAAGAAGUCAUUCAGAAGCAAGACCCUAUUCUACAGAGUGCAUACCAGAAAAGUCUAGAUCUGGGCACUCCUGCACCUAAAUUAACAUCAGAGACUGUGCGCUACUGGUCUGAUUAUAACAGAGUCUUCUACCAUCCUCGAUCCAUUGUCCAGUUGAAUGAAUAUGAGUUAAAUUCCCAGAUCAUGCCCUUCGAGGACUGGAAUGCUGGCGAAGAACUUUUCAGCGACCUUGAUAAGGAACAUGACCUGUUGGAUCGAGACUUGAGACCGUUCGCUGAAGAAUGUGAUCAAUUACGAGCAAUCCAGAUUUUCUCGGGAGCGGAUGAUGCUUGGGGUGGCUUUGCAGCCCGUUAUAUGGACCGAUUGAGAGAUGAAUACGGCAAGAAGAGUAUCUGGGUCUGGGCCAUUGAAGAUGGUCAUAAAGUCCAACGUCAUCACCAGAUGAAGAAAGACGUAAACAAGGCCAAGUCGCUCUGUGCCAUCUCGCCACAGUCCACCCUUUAUGUCCCUAUCAUGGAUAUUCCUCAGAAGCUGCCAAGCUACCUCAAUAUUGACCGCCAAUCACAUUGGCAAACAUCUGCCCUUAUUGCAUCUGCGCUCGAAACUGUAACAUUGCCAUCUCGACUAAGGCCAUACCAUGACUUUGAAGCCUCGUUGGCUGGUGAUGAUGGCAGACACACCAUUUUUGAACUGCAGUCAACUAUCAACCCUAAGAAGAAGGAUGAUAAGCAGCCGGAAACUGAAGACAGCGACCCACCCAAGGCGGAAACCGAAUUUGACAUCGAUUUUACGUAUGGAGAAACCAACAACAAGAAUGCGCAUAUUUUCAAUCAGGUCCAAGUCACCCGAGGAACCGAGCGUGGGGAGUCUACUGAUUCAGCGGAUGGUGAUCUUGGUCGUCUCCGAAAACUCCGACUGUACAAUUCUGAAGCUAUGCUUCAAAGCUAUUACACUCCCCUUCGACUUCCUGUUCUAGACAGUUUCCCCCAGGAUCUUUACCAAAUCCCUCAGGCUAACGAGGGAAUCAAUGUCUUUGCUGCACUGACCGCUUCCACCCGGACAGCAGAAAGAAUCAAAUCCAUCCAGGCCACCACUGCCCGUGCACUCUCCAUUGAUGAACGGGAGGCCAUGCUCAAUGGGCUAGGCGAGAUCAGGGAAUCCUACGAGACCGGCUGGAGCAGCGGAUCCGACGAUGAUGAUGAGUAA